CCCCCACACACUCAUCCCUCCUUUCUUCCACUCCAUCCCCCUCUUUCAACUCCUCCUUCUCGCUCACUACCGCUAUUUCCAACAGCUGAUUUCCAGACCAGAGAGAGAGGAACACGGCGAGACAGUUCAGGUUCGGAAUCAGCUGCUGCAGAAGGAUUCACAGCGAGUAGAGAUGCGGGGAGAGCGCUGUGGUCCGUCAUGAAGAUCUGAGCUCCGCCGCCGCUCCGUCAGCUCCGAGAGGAUGGCUUUCCAUGGAUCCUCACGGCCAACAGUGUGUGGUAACAUGUUCCCUGGAUCAGAGUUAAGUCACAAGUAUUUUUGUGUCAACACCACGACCGGCACUACCUCAACGGGCCUCAGCGCAACACCAAAUCCAGCUGGACCCAACGCACCUGCUGGGACACCCAGGCACCCGGCGUCUCUCGGGGGCAGCACCGGCGGAGGGGCGGCCAUCCCGCAACCUCACAGUAACCCAGCAAGUGAGGUUCCAAGCCCUGCUGAGAUGGAGCCUGAUCGGCCUAUCGGUUAUGGUGCGUUUGGAGUGGUCUGGUCUGUGACGGACCCUCGGGAUGGACGUAAGGUGGCUCUGAAGAAAAUGCCGAAUGUCUUCCAGAACCUGGUCUCCUGCAAACGUGUGUUCAGGGAACUCCGGAUGCUGUGUUUCUUUAAACAUGACAAUGUGUUGUCUGCCCAAGACAUUCUCCAACCUCCACAAAUCGACUGCUUUGAGGAGAUAUACGUGAUCACUGAGCUCAUGCAGAGUGACCUGCAUAAAGUCAUCGUCUCCCCUCAGCCUCUCACCACCGAUCACAUCAAGGUGUUCCUCUACCAGAUACUAAGGGGGCUGAAAUACCUGCAUUCUGCAGGCAUUCUGCACAGAGACAUCAAGCCAGGGAACCUGCUGGUCAACAGCAACUGUCUGCUUAAGAUUUGUGACUUUGGCCUAGCACGAGUAGAGGAGCCAGAUCCUUCUCGUCACAUGACCCAGGAGGUGGUGACGCAGUAUUACCGUGCUCCGGAGGUUCUGAUGGGAUGCCAGCAUUACACUUCAUCGAUAGAUGUCUGGUCUGUAGGCUGCAUCUUCGCAGAGUUGCUAGGCAGACGUAUUCUUUUCCAGGCUCAGAGCCCCAUACAACAGUUGGAUCUGAUCACUGAUCUCCUCGGGACUCCUCCUCUUUCUGCCAUGGCAUCUGCGUGUGAAGGGGCGCGAGCGCAUAUUCUUAGAGGACCCCACAAACCACCCUCGCUUUCUGUUCUGUACAUGCUGUCAGACGGGGCAACACAUGAAGCUGUUCAUCUUUUGUGCCGCAUGCUAGUUUUUGAUCCAGCCAAGCGCAUCUCUGGCAGUGACGCUCUGUCUCAUCCGUACUUGGACGAGGGUCGUCUGCGGUACCACACCUGCAUGUGUAAGUGCUGUUACUCUGUGCCCAGCGGGAGGGUGUACACCCGAGACUUUGAGCCGCCUGCAGAGCGACCUUUCAGUCACAACUAUGAGCAGAGCAUGCACUCCGUCUGGCAGGGCAAAGAGCUCAUCCAUCGUUUUAUAACCGAGCACCAGCAAGGCAAACGAGUGCCUUUGUGCAUCAAUCCCCAGAGUGCAGCCUUCAAAACCUUCAUUAGGUCCACAGCCUGGCAUUCUUCAAAAGUGUCAAGGAAAGAAGAGAGAUGAGGGGGAUUCUGGGUAAUGUGGAUCAUAGGAGCAAGCAUGCGUUGGAGAUGAAGAUGGUUUUUGAUGGAUUCUCAGCACUCGUUCCAGUUCCACACCACUGAUGAAUAAUGCUUCUGAUGCUGCUGAGAACACUUUUAUAUCGACUCCACUCGAGGAUUACGGGAACUAGAAUUUCCCACAAAAAAAAAAAAAAAAGGAAAUCUCAUGGAUUGUUGAAUUUUGACUAAAUGAGCCAACGUCAAAGUUGUGCAAUACAGAUAUCUGGAAUAAUGCAAAUGACAAGACCGCGCUGACCAUGAUUUCACUAAGGGAUGAGAUGACCGUGCCCAUGAGCCCAUAGCAUCGCCUGUGCAGCCAUCUUUACUCCGAGUGCAUCUCCAAACUCUGUCUAGACUUCUAUCACUGUGUUCUUUUUGCGGGUUCUUAGGUUUUAUUCUUAAACUUCUGAUAACCAAAAGAUCCAAAGUCAUCUUUCUUUAUUAAUGCUUCCUCAUUCAAUUUAAUGCUUUCUGUUCAAUUUUCUACUCAUUUUUUUUUUAGGGGGGCUGGGGGUUAUUCUGCAGUUUCUUCUAUAGCCUCUCAACAUUAUGAAACAUCCUGUUCAAACGAUCCUUCAGCAGAUGCUUUAGAGUUGUAUCAGAACGCUGUAUAGAAGUGACAGUGUUUCGUGCCAACAGACGUACGUACGUUUAUCUGUGGGAUUUAUAUUUUGUUCCAUUCCCAGCUGAAGCAUCUUCCCAAAUGUCCCGCCCCCCUCCUAGGACCAAACAAGAUUGAUGUCAGUAUCCUGCUCUCUGAUUGGGCGAGGCUCUGUAGGCAGAGAAGAUAGAUUGAAUAUUAUUUAUUUUCUCUUUUUAAUUUAUUGUUGUCUUGUCCAACUGUGGUUGGCGGACCAGUUUCUUGGGUUUCAUAAUGGCAUGAGCGAGCCGUCUGGUCUGUUUUUGAAAAACUGUGCGUUUCGGAGAAUUUAGGGAAUGUGCAGUGUUGUGCUUUUUUCAAUAUGUCAUUACCUCAACUGGCCCUCAGUUUACAGGGCUGUUGUAUAUAGACUGAACCCAAUCGUUUAUCAAAAAAUGUACUGUAAUGUAGUCGAAUGACGUCAAGUGUGUGUGUGUGCGUGUGUGUGGAGCUUCUCUACUGGGCCGCAGUCGAUCCCUGAAUCCGUCUGCUUUUCCUUUUGCUUCAGAGCAGAUUGUUGGGACAGUGGCUUAUGGUUAAUUUUAGAUAGUUGUGGGGGAAAUGCUGCUGUUCGUGUAAUACCUCUAAAACCUCCCUGACUCAUUUGUAAAAGUAACACGUCUAGAGCUCAGGUUUCAUAUUAUACAAUAUGAACUAGACUGUAGACACUGUAGUGGACAGUAGAUCCAGGCAGUAGCUGGUGCUCUCUGGGAUUAUUGCAGAGAGCUGAAUACUCAAAAAUGCCCAGUACUGUAAAGGUUUGCAUCCUACCACCAGAUGGCAACAAAAGCACGGCACGUUUGGAUGCAUCAAGGCAGAUGUUGCUCAUCAGUAAAGUCUCUCAAUGCUUGUGUGUAUGGACUUCACUUGGAUUGGCAAUUGCAGUGAAUUAAGGGUUUUAUUUUAGAAACUUUUUCUUUUUUUAUGUGUUAUUUAAUUUUAUUAUAGGACAAUGCAUCCUCCCCCCACCCCCAUGUAUUGUGACCAAUUUUUUUUUUUUUUUAGCUUUUGGAUGAAAUGUUUAGUUUAAGUAGAUGAUGUUUUUAUGACCACUUUUGCUAUUGUCUUGGUAGAGAAGCUUGCUAAAUAGUGAAGGAAUGAAGAUCGGUGGCUUGGUUUAGUCUUACUGACUGCCAAGCUGAAAGUAGACAUUUUACGUAAAUGGUGAAUUUCUUUCAGUCGUAAGAUAAUAGAUGUUAGACAUUUUUAAGAUGAAUCUCAAAACUUGAUAUUCGUGUCAAUGACUAUUAUUCUGAAAAAAUGAUUGAACAGUUGUUUUAAGAUGGUUAUUACUUUCUUGUUAUCUGUUUUUGUUUUUAUUUUAAUUCUUUUUUUCUUUUUCUUUUUUGUCUUUGCAUUUUAAAAGAAAACAUGUUUUUGGAUUUGUGUUCCCAACAAAUACUUGAAGUUUUUAAGAAAGAAAAAAAAAAAAAGAGAGAUGUGGGUUUGGGUAAAAUAGACAUUAAAGAGACAGACACUGGAA